GAAUCUGUCUAACAGAUUUCUCUAUUUUCACCCCAAUACUUCUGUAGGUGUACAAGAUGAACUUUGACAAUGCUGCAUUUAAGCACCGCAUGCCCCAGCAAAAAACAGCUCCUGGUUAUGAAAAGCUCCCUAUGAAAAGAGGCAUCUUCUUUGACAUGUUUCCUUUUAGCGUGAUCUUCCGUAGAGACAUGACUAUGUACCGCAUCGGAGAUGGCCUGAAGGAAGUGUUCUCAGAUCUGCAAGGCAAAAAGGUCAACGAGGAGUUCACUCUGGUGCGGCCCAUGUUGGAGUUUAGCUGGGACAAUGUAAGUAGGGCAGGUAGUUAUGUUUGUUUUAGCUGAGCAGACACUUUCUAUUCAAUAAUGCAAAAUGUGCCAAAGGGACAUUAGUGA